UCCGGUCUCGCCCGUCUUGCCACCAUUUCCCCCCUCAGCCCCAUCUCCCUCCUCCGCCGCCUCUCCACCAUGUCUUCCCAGCCCAUCAGCCCCGCCGUCAUCAACCGCGUAAGUCGGUCGUUCUGCGCCCCCGCGCAGCACUCACGCUCCCACAGCCACUUGUCAUGUGCGGCCCCUCAGGCACUGGCAAGUCCACUCUCCUCAAAACCCUCUUUGCCAAUCACCCCGGGCAGUUUGGCUUCUCCAUCUCUCAUACAACCCGACAGCCCAGAGCUGGGGAGGAAGACGGAAAGGACUACUACUUUGUCACAAAGGAGGACUUUUUGGCCAGGGUCGGCAAUGGAGAGUUCCUGGAGUGGGCAGAGUUCGGUGGUAACUGCUACGGAACCACUUUUGCGGCUUUGACUGCCCUCCACCCCCGUCGAUGUAUCCUCGACAUUGAGCUCCAAGGCGUCCUGCAGCUUAAGGCCAAAGCUCCUCUCCAAGAGCCCCCUCUCUCUCCUGUGUUCCUUUUUGUUUCUCCCCCCACCAUUCCUCAGCUCAAGGAGCGUCUCUCUGGUAGGGGCACUGAGACUGAGCAGUCUAUCAGAAAGAGGCUCGAUGCUGCCAAGGCCGAGGUGACUUACGCCCAAGAGGGCAAGCACGACGUCGUUAUCGUGAACGACGAUCUGAAAGAGGCCGGGAGGAAGCUGGAGGCUGUAGCGAUGGGUUACGAAAACUGGGAGACUUGUGGGGACAAGCUUCCGGCCCUUGAGGUGGCCGAUCUCGAUUAGAUGCGUUUAUGCCGCUUAAUAUUUGUUGUUCUAUGCAAUGCUGUGCUAUCCUUA